CGUUGUUCCUCACUGACAUAAACAGUAUUAAGAUGGUGAGUUUAGUUUUCGAGAAAUUUAAAGAUAUCUCUGGUACGGAAAUGAACCCACAAAAAUGCAAAGGACUCUGGAUUGGAGCCUGGGAAAAUCUCCCAUCAAACUACUUAGGAUUUAACUGGUCCCAGACCAACAUCAAAAGUUUGGGAAUACUGAUAGGUAAGAAUAGCAACGAGCAAUGGAACAAAAACAUCGAGAAAGUAAGAAAGGCCUCUUACAUGUGGAGAGGAAGAAAUAUCUCAAUUACUGGAAAGGCUAAACUAGCGAAUAUCAAACUGCUGAGCCCUUUUUGGUAUCUUAUUCACACGCAACCACUCCCCAAGAGAGCGGUGACGCAAAUCAAUAGAAUAUGUGCCACCUUCAUCUGGGGCUCAAACUUUGAACCGAUAAGAAGAACGACGUUAUAUAAUAGUUUAGAAAACGGAGGAGCUGGCUUAUUGGAGGUCUCCCUGAAAACCUUAAUACAGAGAAUCAAACUGAUAAAUAACCUGCACAAAUAUGGUAUCUGGACAAGCCUAGCAAAAGCAUUUCUCCAACCUCACAUACCAAAUAUAAUCAUAACUACUGAGAAAAUACACAGACUAAGACCACCAACAAUACUGCUUGAAAUUGUACGAUGCUACAGAACAAUGAAGGAAAACUUCUCCGAUGAAAUCAUCUUUACAUCAACACCAAAAGAGCUCUACUAUAAAGUAAUAGAUAAAUUUAUUCCGAAACUCCAAAACCGUAUAUGUCAAUUCAAUCUGAAAAGUAAAAAUAUAAUUAAAAUCAUUUCAAAACUAAAUAUCCCUAGCAAAGCGAAAACCAUCUUUUGGAAACUUCAACAUAACUGCCUACAGACAAACGAAUGGAGAAAGCAAAAAAAAAUUUACAAACUGCACAGACUGUCCCAUAUGCUACAACAAAGAAACGCUCGAACACGCCAUCCUGGAAUGCAAACACACGAACCUACUCUGGACAACAUUAAGUAA